UCUUUUUUUGUUUUAGUUUUGUUUUGUGUUCCUUAUGCAUUCAGGCUUCUUUCUCCUGCAUUAAGUGAUCUGAAAAACUAAUAAUCUGUGCUGAAUUGAAUCUGGAAUUGAUUUGUUUUUGCAUUUAAUGUUGUAUUUUGGAUCUGGGUGUUUUUAAUUCUUCUGAAAGGUGUUAGAUUUAGCUUUAGUGGGCGGUGAUAAUUGGUGGUUUUGAAGGGAUUAGAUAGAUAAUAGAUUCUAGCUUCACAUUAUUGGAUUAUGUGUUAUUGGGAGCUAAAAGACUCUGUUUUUCUUUUUCCCCUUCUUGGAGCGGUUUUUCACUGUAUGCUGUUGAGUAUAGCUCUGUUUUGUUGUAUCAGAGAUUUGGUUCUUGCGGCAUGCUAAAAAGGCCGGUGCUUUGUCGUGCGGUGCUUGUGUUUGAAUAUAUGAUUGGUUGUGUAUGUUUGUAUCAGUUUGAGGAUGAUUGGUAAUGCGGAAAGAUGGAGAAAGAAAGGAAAGAACUUUACUCCUGUUGUUUCUAUGAUGAUUCUGCUUCUUCAUGAUUGUUUUGUAAUGAGAUUGCAAUGUCUUGGCAUAUAUGGGUUCUAAAUCAGUUGAGGAUAUGAUAGAGGCCUCAACAGGGGUCCAUUUUUCUGGGUUCCAUAUGGAUGGUUUGGAGUCAAGAAAUAUUGAGAAGCCUACAACCUCACCGGCUACUGAAAACUUGCAUAAACAACCUUUUGUUAUCGGAGUUGCUGGGGGAGCAGCAUCUGGUAAGACUACUGUCUGUGAUAUGAUUAUUCAGCAACUUCAUGAUCAGCGUGUAGUAUUAGUUAAUCAGGAUUCCUUUUAUCACAAUCUCACUGAAGAGGAACUUGCAAGAGUUCAUGAAUACAACUUUGACCAUCCUGAUGCAUUCAACACAGAGAAAUUAUUAGAUUCUAUGGAGAACUUGAGGCAUGGCCAAGCCGUAGAUAUUCCAAACUAUGAUUUCAAGAGUUAUAAAAAUAAUGUUUUUCCAGCAAGAAGGGUUAAUCCUUCAGAUGUUAUAAUUUUGGAAGGAAUACUUAUUUUUCAUGAUCCUCGUGUCCGAGAGUUGAUGAACAUGAAAAUAUUUGUUGAUACAGAUGCUGAUGUACGACUGGCAAGGAGAAUAAGGCGUGAUACAGUUGAGAAGCACCGAGAUAUUGGUGCUGUUCUUGAUCAGUAUUCAAAAUUUGUGAAGCCUGCUUUUGAUGACUUUAUACUUCCAACAAAGAAGUAUGCAGACAUUAUCAUUCCCCGUGGGGGAGAUAACCAUGUAGCAAUUGAUUUGAUCGUGCAGCAUAUUAGGACAAAGCUUGGCCAGCAUGAUCUCUGUAAAAUCUACCCAAACCUUUAUGUCAUUCAAUCAACUUUUCAGAUACGAGGCAUGCAUACCCUCAUUCGUGACUCUCAAACAACGAAACAUGACUUUGUUUUUUAUGCUGAUCGGUUGAUUCGCUUGGUUGUUGAACAUGGGCUGGGACAUCUGCCAUUUACAGAAAAGCAGGUGAUCACUCCAACUGGGUCUGUAUAUACAGGUGUGGAUUUCUGUAAGAGGUUAUGUGGUGUCUCUGUUAUUAGGAGUGGUGAGAGUAUGGAGAAUGCUUUGCGAGCAUGUUGCAAAGGUAUCAAGAUUGGCAAGAUUCUUAUUCAUAGGGAAGGCGACAACGGUCAGCAGCUUAUUUAUGAAAAAUUACCACAAGACAUCUCAGAAAGGCAUGUGCUGCUACUGGAUCCGAUUCUAGGCACAGGCAAUUCAGCUGUUCAAGCUAUUUCCUUACUUAUUAAAAAGGGUGUACCCGAGUCCAACAUCAUAUUUCUCAAUCUCAUAUCCGCACCUCAAGGCGUACAUGUGGUGUGCAAAAGCUUCCCAAGAUUAAAGAUUGUGACAUCUGAGAUUGAUAUUGGUUUAAAUGAAGAUUUCCGCGUUGUCCCUGGUAUGGGUGAGUUUGGAGAUCGAUAUUUUGGAACAGAUGAUGAUGACCAGCAAGUGGUGGCCCCUAAGCAAUAGUUUCAAUCCGAUGCUGAUCGAUUUUUCAACCCACAAAUCUUCUACCAGAUGAUUUACUGCCUGAGCUGGAGGAAUCUGGCUGAGCCUGCUUUAGUCGUGUUGAGCUUCAUAUAAUCAGUUUUGAAACAAUUUUGACUUUAUUAGACCUAGAGUUCCCAUUGUUGAAUUAAUUUUUUUUUCUCUAAAUCUUUUGGAGUCACACUGGGGUUGACAUUUAUGUAUCUCUAUCAUCUGAUGAUAAUACUCGAAAAAGGGUAUAACUUGCCAGGAAGGUGGAAAUAACCUGGCCUAGUCAACCCCACAUAGAAAACAACUUUGCUUUUUCUUUCAUGGUACCAGAGGGGAGUAGUUGCUUGCACAACUACAUUAUGAUUAGCAGCCCCUCCCCAAUGAUAUGUGUAUCUAUGAACCCCAAUAUUUCUCAUAAAAAUAUAAUGAAAAAAUCCCAUUCUACAUCAUUCUUGUUA